AUGACGAUGGACGUGAGUAAAUCGGAAACGAACAAAAACGGCUCGGCGCAGCAGGAGAUAUGCGCGGGAUGUCACAAAACCAUAACAGAAAGGUUCCUCCUGAAAGCCUUGGACCUACUGUGGCAUGAAGACUGUCUGAAGUGCAGUUGCUGUGAUUGCCGAUUAGGCGAAGUAGGAUCAACAUUAUAUACAAGAGCCAAUCUGUUACUUUGCAAAAGGGAUUACCUGAGGAUAUUCGGCCACGAGGGGCAUUGUUCGGCUUGUUCCAAAUCAAUACCGCCCUUCGAGAUGGUAAUGAGAGCUCGGACGAACGUUUACCACUUGGAGUGCUUUGCGUGCCAGCAGUGUAAUCAUCGGUAA